AUGCUAAACAUGAACGAAGAAAAAAAUUUCCGGGGUAUUAAGAUUCACAUUUUGACCAUCAAAACGUUAGAAAAUGCUAUCCACAAGGUCGCAGUUACUUUUUCGCUCUAUUUCGUGCUCUUGAAGCUUGAAUGCUCAGAAAUAAGGCAGGAUUUACAUCAAACGGCCAUAAAAGCAAUUACUAUUAUACAUAAAGGCGGUAACCAAAUGCUUACAAAAGCAGCAAAAGCAGCUUCAACUUCCGUAUCUAGCAUUAUUUCCACAAACGGAUAUAACGAAACAUCUAUUACCAUUUCGAGUAAUGAAGGAAAAAGCAUUGACAAAAACGACCAUGUAGAGACAGCAGCAACAACAGCGAAUACCAUCAAAAUAAACGAGAUCUACAGUCCGACCAUUAUAUUUCCUUACACUAAUAAUCCGUGUUUACAGAAAAUGAAAGAGAAGUUCUCUUCUACUACUGUAGCUGAAAAGCACAAGCAAUGGGAGUCGAUAUUCAAUCCUCAAUAUAGUUUUGGCUCUUUUGAGCAAGGAAUACCACGACCAAAACCGACUUAUGAAUUCUUUUACAAAGGUCAAUGGCCCUUGGCACAAGAAGAUAUUGUAGGGACCGCGCCAAUUACUAAAAGCAGUCGUAAUGACUCUGCAACUAAGCAGACUGUUUUGAUAGAACAGCUUCAGAAGCUUGAGAGCUCGUCUUUGAAUACAACUAUAUCAACAACUGCAUCAGCAUCAAAAGACAGCAAGAGCAUUGGUAUUACAACUGAUAACAACAAUGAUGAUAAACCACAACAACUCCUGUUGACGCCAGUUCCCGAUCCCCAAUUGCCUAAUCUAAAACAUCUACAGCAUAACAUCAAUAGAGGUUAUAGCAAAGGCAUACAUUACAUCAAACGAUAUCCCCAAAACAAUAUAAAGAAUGACUACAGCAAUGGAGCACAAGUAGAAAAUGGUAGUAAAUGUCAGGUGGCAAGAGGUUUAUCCGAUGAAGGAGUCACUUAUUACGAUGCUAGUGAGCUCACCAUAGCAGAGGAAGAGAAGUUAUGGAAAGAGCGCUUAGAAAUAUUGAAAACUUUGCAGUAUGAAUGCUUUAAUAAUAAAUGGAAUGGGACGGAGUAUAACCCUCUACAAAGCGUUUCAAUGACGACCCGUAUUCAACGUCGACUGAAGAACCACGCGUUAAAGCUGAAGCAGCAAGCAAUUUUUAUUGAUACUGAUCCUAUCGUUAACAACCAGAGUACAAAAUUAACAGAAGUGAAAGAAAAUCUAGCGCGGUCUAAUGUUAUAACCCUAGAUGAUCAAUUGGAAAAUGUUUCCUCUAAACUUUCUACUGGAUCUCCAAAAUUAAGGACUCGACUUUCGUUCUUAUUUUUUGUAUUGGGCUUCUUAUUCCCUCCUACAUGGAUAUUGGGCGCAUUUUACACGCCAAAAUAUACGUCAGCCACGGCAGCAGCAGCAGCAGCAAUGACAGCAGAGAAAUUAGCAAUUAUAGAGGAAGAUUAUCAUAGGAAAAUUGAUUACAGAUGGAAAAAAUACUCAAAAAAUGCUCUUGCCAUCUUUCUUUUUAUUUUAACUAUUGCUUUGGUAUUGACAUUAGCAUUUAAUCCUGAUUACCUAGGAUACAGAAGCAGUAAGAAGCAUGGUUACAGAGGAGAGUUAGUCAAUUUUGAUGAAAGUGCUGCUGCUGCUGUAAAUGCUGCCGGCAAACAAUGAACAAUCUUUU